AUGGCUUCACAUCCUCCUCCGCCGUUUGGAGGCUCUGCGGCUGCCGAACUGAUGAUGCAGCCAAUAGAGCAAAUUCGAGACCAUAUGUUUGAUUCCCGUGACGUCUCAGAAACUCCAGGAUCCGAGUCUGAGGCAGAUCGCGACAUACAAAUCACCACUCUGGCACGUACUUUGUCCCAAAUCUCGCGACAAGCCAGCACCGGUACGGAUGAGGACUCGGAAGGUAUCAAUACCUUUCUUGACGCCAGCAACCCAGAACUGGAUCCCCACAGCGACCAGUUUAACUCGCGCAAAUGGGUGAAGAAUAUGUUACAGAUCACCUGUCGCGAUCCAGGCCGGUAUCCGCGUCGCACGGCAGGGGUUUUCUUCCGCAACCUCAAUGUUUUUGGCUACGGUACAGCGGCAGAUUAUCAGAUGAACUUCGCCAACUUCUGGCUCAAGGGUGCAGGGUGGCUACGAGAUGCACUUGGCUUAGAGAGGAAAGUACGCAUCGAUAUCUUGCGGGACUUUGAAGGCAUCGUCCACAGCGGGGAGAUGCUAGUGGUACUUGGGCGUCCGGGAAGCGGAUGCUCUACUUUUCUCAAAACAAUUGCCGGGGAGACGCAUGGUAUCUACCUUGAUAAGGAGAAAGGCACUGAAGUGCAAUAUGACGGCCUAUCAUGGAAUGACAUGCAUGGCCGUUUCCGCGGCGAGGUAAUCUACCAAGCCGAAACCGAAGUCCACUUCCCCCAGCUCACGGUUGGUGAUACACUUCUGUUUGCUGCUCAUGCUAGAGCUCCGAAAAAUCGACUUCCCGGUGUCACACGCGAACAAUACGCGCUGCAUGUACGAGAUGUGGUGAUGGCUAUGCUUGGUUUGACCCAUACCAUGAAUACCAAAGUGGGCAAUGACUUCGUUCGAGGGGUCUCCGGCGGCGAAAGAAAGCGGGUUAGUAUCGCCGAAACUAUUUUAUGUCGAUGUCCCUUGCAGUGUUGGGAUAACAGCACCCGUGGACUCGACAGCUCGACGGCGCUGGAGUUUGUCAAAAAUAUCCGCCUCUCCACUGACUAUAGCGGGUCCACUGCUAUUGUCGCAAUCUACCAAGCCAGCCAGUCUAUUUACAACCUCUUUGACAAAGCUAUUGUACUCUAUGAAGGUCGUCAGAUCUACUUCGGUAGUGCAUCCCAGGCACGACGUUUCUUUAUUGAGAUGGGUUUCCAUUGCCCAGAUAGGCAGACAACGGCGGAUUUCCUCACGUCACUCACCAGCCCCUCCGAACGCCUUGUUCGCUCUGGGUUCGAGCACAGUAUUCCACGCACCCCCGACGAGUUUGCAGCGCGCUGGAAAGAUAGUUCGGAGAGAAAAGGUUUGCUUCUUGAGAUUGAGGCAACUGCGGCUGGAAACUCCGUUGGAAAAGAAAAGUAUGAGCAGUUCAGUCGCUCUCGUGCUGCAGACAAGGCCAAAUCCACACGUGCGGCAUCCCCGUACACACUAUCUUAUUUUAUGCAGAUCCGCCUAUGUCUCUGGAGGGGCUUUUUACGGCUCAAGGGAGACUUAGCCAUGACACUUUCCACACUCAUUGGAAAUAUCGGCAUGGGUCUGAUCAUUUCUAGUAUCUUCUUUAACCUCAAAGACAACACCGACAGCUUCUAUCGGCGUGGCUCUCUGCUUUUCUUUGCUGUUUUAAUCAACGCCUUCGCAAGCUCGCUGGAGAUAUUGAUUAUGUGGCAACAGAGACCAAUCGUGGAAAAGCAUUACAGAUAUGCACUGUAUCAUCCCUCAGCAGAAGCUAUCAGUGCAUACAUUGUGGAAUUGCCAUCCAAAAUUUUGCUGGGAAUAGCGUUUAACCUGAUCAUUUAUUUUAUGCCUCAUCUGCGGCGAACACCAGGCCAUUUUUUCAUAUUUUUCCUCUUCUCGUUAACUACAACUCUUGUGAUGUGCAACAUCUUCCGUUGGAUCGGGGCAAUCUCGCGAUCUAUUGCCCAGGCCAUGGUUCCUGCUUCAUUUUUCAUGUUGGUAUUGGUUAUUUACACUGGGUUUACCAUUCCCGUUCGGGAUAUGCAUCCCUGGUUCCGAUGGCUGAACUAUUUGAACCCCAUUGCUUAUGCCUUUGAAGCUCUCAUGAUCAAUGAGUUCAGUAAUCGAACUUUCCCUUGCUCGAGUUAUGCCCCUGGCCUGCUAGAGAGUUACAAGAGUGCGCCUCUCAGCUCAAGAAUUUGUUCUCAGAAGGGUGCCGUGGCAGGUCAGGAGUUUAUUGAUGGAGACUUGUACCUCAAUACAACAUUCGAAUACUACAGGUCGCACCUGUGGCGAAACUUUGGGAUCCUCUGCGCGUUCUUUGUCGGUUUUCUUGUGAUGUAUAUCUUCAGCAGCGAGCUCAUCCGAGCCAAACCAUCCAAAGGCGAGAUUCUGGUAUUUCCAAGGGGAAAGGUUCCUGUGCUUGCUAAGAAUAUUCGAAAGGAAGAUCCAGAAGAGGUCAUGGCAUCAGAGAAGGCUGCAGUGGCUAAUGAACCUCAGGAAUCAGGUGGAGCCAUUGCUCGCCAGACCUCUAUUUUUCACUGGGAAAAUGUGUGUUAUGAUAUCAAGAUCAAGGGAGAUUCACGACGCAUCUUGGAUAGUGUGGAUGGUUGGGUCAGACCUGGCACCCUAACGGCACUGAUGGGGGUGACUGGUGCAGGAAAAACAUCAUUGCUUGAUGUUCUGGCCGAUCGCGUCACUAUGGGAGUUGUCACAGGCAACAUGCUCGUUGACGGUCGUUUACGCGAUGAUUCUUUCCAACGAAAGACGGGUUACGUGCAACAACAAGACCUGCAUCUCGAGACUAGUACGGUCCGCGAGGCUCUGACUUUUAGCGCUCUCCUCCGUCAACCUGCUAGCACCCCUCGCCGGGAUAAAAUUGAAUACGUCGAAGAGGUUGUCCAUAUGCUCGGCAUGGAAGAUUACGCAGAAGCUGUGGUUGGGGUUCUCGGAGAGGGCCUGAAUGUGGAACAGCGCAAGCGGUUGACUAUCGGCGUCGAGCUAGCAGCCAAACCAGAUGUAUUACUGUUUUUUGACGAACCGACCUCGGGUUUGGAUAGUCAAACUGCUUGGUCGAUCUGUACUUUGAUGCGUAACUUGGCCGACCACGGUCAGGCUGUACUUUGCACCAUUCAUCAACCCUCGGCAAUGUUGAUGCAGCAAUUCGAUCGCCUGUUGUUCCUAGCCAAAGGAGGGCGCACUGUGUAUUUUGGCGAGCUUGGUCCGAACAUGGAAACCUUGAUCAAAUACUUUGAGGAGAAAGGGUCGCCUAAGUGCCCCAAGAACGCAAACCCAGCCGAAUGGAUGCUCGAGGUCAUCGGUGCUGCGCCGGGCUCUCACGCAGAUAGAGAUUGGGCAGAGCAAUGGACAGAUAGCGUCGAGCGUACACAAGUCCGCCAGGAGUUGACUUUAAUGAAAGAGGAGUCGAGGAAGCAGCCUGCACCCGCGCGAACUGCAUGUUAUGAAGAGUUCGCCAUGCCAAUCUGGUAUCAGUUCCUAGUAUGUAUACAACGAAUGUUCCAACAGUACUGGAGAUCUCCGGGGUACCUGUACUCGAAAGCCACUACAUGCAUCAUCCCUCCGCUCUUUAUUGGGUUUACUUUCUGGCACAUGCCCACCAGUCUUCAAGGUCUGCAAAAUCAGAUGUUUGCAAUUUUCAUGUUACUUGUCAUCUUCCCCAAUUUGGUGCAACAAAUGAUGCCAUGCUUCGUCACGCAGCGGGCUUUAUAUGAAGUACGAGAGCGGCCGUCAAAGGCCUACUCAUGGAAGGCAUUUAUGGUGGCCAGUAUCUUGGUGGAGUUGUCGUGGAAUAUCCUGAUGUCGGUGCCAAUUUUCUUCUCCUGGUAUUAUCCGAUCGGACUAUAUCGCAACGCAGAGCCCACCAACACAGUCAUUGAACGAGGCGGGAUCAUGUACCUACUCAUUUUGCUUUUCGUGAUGUUCACCUCAACUUUCAGCUCUAUGAUCAUUGCUGGAGUCGAACAACCUGAGACUGGCAGCAACAUUGCUCAACUGAUGUUCUCGCUGUGUCUAUCCUUUAACGGUGUGUUGGCCAGCGCGUCCGAUCUUCCUCGGUUCUGGAUCUUUAUGUAUCGCGUGUCUCCAUUCACGUAUCUUGUGUCGUCCGUGCUCUCAACAGGCCUCGCCAAGACCUCGGUGGAAUGCUCCAGUAUUGAAUUGCUCACCAUCUCGCCCCCACGGGGAGAAACCUGUUCCAGUUAUCUCGACCCAUACAUCAAUGCGCUUCAUGGCAAGUUGCUCAAUCCCACAGCGUUGAGGGACUGCCAGAUUUGCACGAUGUCGACCACGAAUCAAUUCCUCGCUAGUCUCAGCAUCUCAGACUCCGAUAUUGGACGCAACAUCGCGGUGCUGUUUGUCUAUGUGGGGUUCAAUGUCCUCGCAGCGGUGUUCCUCUAUUGGCUCUUCCGCGUUCCCAAGCAUUGGUCGCGAAACGUUCAGCGGGCUUGA